AUGUGUGAAUGCUGGGUUGCAAGAGGGUGUGCUUGCUUGGUGCAAAACCUGUUCUGCUCAGGGUUUAAGGAUUUUAACAAAGCCCUCUGAUCUCACAGCAGCAUUAUCAAUCUAAUACAGAAAAGACAGUGUCAUACUCACUCUUUUCUAAACAGCAUUUGGAUUAUUUCCUGUACAAAGAUUCCACUUCAAGAAGAAAGUCAAGGAGGUCUAUAUUGCAGAAUAGCCUAUGGCAUCAUCAUUGAAACACUCUGCUAUCCUUGUCUCGAGGCUGUCACGUUGCUGUAUGCUGACUUGACUGUCAGAGGACCAGUUUGUAAAUGAAAACUUGAAUGAAUGAAAUUGGAUCUUAGGUUUAGAAGUGGCAAACCAGUUUGAUAGUUAAAAACGGUUUGAUCUGCAAACAUCUGGAAAGGGCCGCUACCAAAAGCAAUAAUUUGCCUUUUGGACCAGGACAGAUGUUGUUAGUAGCCUGUUUGACAGCAGUGUUAUUAUGGUCCCAUAAGGAGAGCAUAAUUAUCAAUUUGCUCUUUUCAGAUGAUGCUAUUUUUAAGAUAGUUUUUGAUGUGUUCGUCUUUCUGUUGAAUAUGCUUCCCUUCUCUAACUCACAAUUUGAAAAUAUUUGCCUAAGCUGAGCAUACUUGAACUGUUUACUAAGCCCACUUUCCUCUCUUCUCAUGUGAAAUUUCUUGUGGUAUGUUAGUCGUAACUGUAGUAGCCUGGGACAUUAUAAUUGUCCUCAACAACAGAGAAAGAAUUGCUGCAAUUACAUAGCAAAUAAAAGAAUAAAUAUGGAGAACCCUUUUGAAAUUUGGGGUUUCUUUCAAUAUAUGUCUUUUAAAAGCUGGAGCUAUAAACAAAUAUGGAAAGUGUUACCUUCAGAGAGAUGAAAAUUGAAUUAUGUUUACAUUUGUUCUCUAAAGAGAAUGGUUGUGAAUGACUGUUGAGGCUGCCUGUUUCUCAUGUACACAAGUAUAUAUUCCUACUAGAACUCUCUCUCCCUCGGAGAAGAACUCAAAGAAUUUUUUUUAACAGGGAAUUCUACAAAAUAUCUGAAAUUAGUGUUUCAUUUCUGCUGUUUUCCUUCAGCAGAGGGUUUAACAGAGUCCUGGUUUAAGACUAUGUGGUACUGACACCUGGAAGGCAUAUUCACAGAACAAAGAAAUGCAGGACAUAAUCUACCCACAGAUCUCAAGAGCAGCCUGAACAUUUAUCAGAGGUAGAUGCAUAAAGAAGAGAGGGUAUGUGCUUUCUAUGCUCUGUGAAUUCACUUUUUAUAGUCAUGAGAGAGAGCUAAUUGCCAAGACAGGGCUUGCGCUGCAGUCUGUGCUUGAUCAGUGAUACAGCUGAGUAGCUGGUGUGUAACACUUCCUGGCAGAAGUUCUGUGGCCACCAGAAAAUGAUUUGUCAAGUAGCAAAGAUUAAGGAAGAGAGAAGGGGCUCUUGAAGAGGUUUCCUAACUCUCUGCUGGGUCCAUUGAUAAAAUCCCUAUGAAGUUCUGUAUGUUGAACUCCUUGAUGAUCUCAGUCGAGCAAUUCUCUGGUGUCAUGUGAAAGCUCAGCAUGAGAUAAAGGUUCCUGGGGACUUGUAGGCAAGUGUGGAGGGAGCAGCCUGCCAGUGCUGGUGUUUUGGCCUGAGAGACACAACUAUGGCUGCUACAGUGAACUUGGAGCUGGAUCCCAUUUUUCUGAAAGCUCUGGGCUUUUUGCACUCGAAGAGUAAGGACUCUGCUGAAAAACUCAAAGCACUUCUUGACGAGUCGUUGGCCAGAGGAACUGACUCAAGCUAUCGUCCCUCUCAGAAGGAAGUGGAGCAACCAAAAGUAUCUGUUACCAAACCCAUUAAGCAAGAGCCUAAAGCUUCAUCCAGUUUGCCUUCUGGCAACAACAAUGGCAAGCCCACUGCAUCAGAAAAGGUGAAAAAAGAAACAGAAAAGAGAUCUGCAGAUAAAAUGAAAGGGGAUCCUGCUGAAGGAGCUGAUGCACCAAAGAAGCCCAGAGUAGAGAAGCAAGAGGCUCGUUCCUCUCCUAUUACAGUUCAGACGAGCAAGGAUUUAUCCAUGCCUGAUUUAUCUAGCUUUGAGGAAACCAGUGCUGAUGACUUUGCCAUGGAAAUGGGAUUAGCCUGUGUUGUUUGCAGGCAAAUGACAGUUACUUUUGUGAAUCAGCUAGUGGAGUGUCAGGAGUGCCAUAAUCUCUACCACCAGGAUUGCCAUAAACCUCAGGUGACAGACAAGGAAGUGAAUGAUCCUCGACUUGUCUGGUAUUGUGCCCGCUGUACCAGGCAGAUGAAGAGAAUGGCUCAGAAGACACAAAAACCACCUCAAAAACCAGCUCCUGCAGUGGUUUCAGUUGCACCAGCUUUGAAGGAUCCAUUGGUCAAGAAACCAGAAAUCAAGUUAAAACCUGAGACACCACCAGCUUUUCUGGCAUUCAAGAGAACAGAAGUCAAGACCUCAGCGGCAGUUUCGGGGAACUCUGCCAGUACAAGUGUUUCCUCUUCAGCAACGAGUGGCCUUACAGGAUGGGCUGCUUUUGCAGCCAAAACCUCCUCUGCCAACCCAUCAGCUGCCAAACUGGGCUCGACAGCACAGAGUACCAGCGGGAAACCUGCAGCUUCUUCAAAUAGCCAGAAACCCGUGGGUUUGUCAGGGCUGGCGACUUCAAAAACAGGCCUGGGGGCCAAAAUAGCUUCUGCCAACAACAGCCCCAACCCGGUUCAGCUGAAGCCUCCCCCGCCACUGACCCUGGGAAAGACGACGCUGAGCCGCUCGGUGAGCAGCGACAACGUGAGCAAGGCCGGGCUGCCCAGCCCCAGCAGCGCCGGCCCCGGCUCCGGCAGCGGCAGCCAGGCCAGCGGGAACGGCAGCGCCGGCUCUGCGGGCAGCGGCACCGGCAAAGCCACGCCCGACACCGGCAGCCAGCCAGCGUCCCUGAAGGGCCCGACCUCGCAGGAGUCCCAGCUCAACGCCAUGAAAAGGCUACAGAUGGUCAAGAAGAAGGCUGCUCAAAAGAAGCUCAAGAAGUAGUCUGGCUGCUCGCUGAUGUUGUCAGCUGUGUUCUAUGAGAUAGCGGCAUCAGUGUUUUUCCUAAAGAAAAUACUCCAGCUACUGGACUGAAAGAGGUUAAAUCAGGGAAGCCCAAACCCUAUGUUAUACAGAAGGUCAAACUUUAAUAAUUCUGGUAUUCCUUCUGCCUUUGCAAAUCUGUGACUUGAAUGUGUUAAAAGAAUUCAUUAUUACAUGCUCCUAGUUUUGCAGCUCAAAGCACCAAAACUUGAAAUUGUAAAAGUUGGGUAUUUUUUGAUAUUAAAACCCCCACAUUUGUGUAGAUACUUAAUAAAUUGAACUUGCUGAAACUAUCA